CGUCACAGACAACAUUUUAUUUGACGAAGUCAAUGAAAUGGCUGCAACUAUACAUUUGUUCUUGUUCCUUCUGCUCCGAUACCUGAGUCUGUGUAGUUCUGAUACUUAUAGCGUAAAGAUAAGCACAGAUGAACAUGUCAACGUGGUGGACACAAGGUUCCUGAGUUUCACUAUAGACCCCAAGUAUUUAUUUUCUAGCAGCGACAAGUAUAGCAGCAAAGAAUGCAUCUGCAUGGCGGCAUCACUAACACCAUCCUACCUCCGAAUAGCUGGCCCAUCCACAGCGCACAUGACCUUCCACAACACCACUAUCUCCAUCAACGAUGUCGAUUUCCCUGACAAAGACCUCCUCAGGUCCACCUUUGAUGUCCUGGCCUUCGAUACUGAUGUUCCUCAGAAACUUGGUGACCACCACCAAACUAGGAACUUGGCAGUGUCUCAUAGACAGUGGAGGAAGUUCGUCCAGUGGGCCAAGUCCACUGGUUUCGACCUGGUAUUCGCUCUGAACAAUGAGGAGAGAACUGCGGCCGGUAUGUGGGAUCCUAAUACGGCACUGAAUAUUCUGACCGUGGCUGAGAAGGUCAAAGUUGGGGAUAUCUUCUGGGAGCUCGGUUAUGAAUGUAGGAAUCAGUCAAUAGAUGAAUACUUGAAUGACCUUGAGACUCUGCGCGCCAUCACGGAGACCUUCCCUCCCGGUCGCACGGAGCAGUGGAAGGUGGUGGGCGGUGACGUCACCAAGUGUCUGCAGGCAGAGUCUAAGAGUGACUUCAAGGAUUACCUGACGCUGUCCAACGAUAUGAUGGACGCCUUGCUGUUAAAUGGUAACUCUUCAUCGCAUGAACUAAAGCGUAUGAGUGAGCGUGAUCGUUUGAAGCUACUGCGGUUCUUCUCCCGGAGUCAGACUCCACUCUGGUUGACGGAGACCAAUCAGAAGCAGCACAGCGACUUGGAAAGAGCUGCUGAUUGGUUGGCUAGUCUUGGCUACUCAGCUAAAAAUGGAUUUGCUGUACAUUUUCGGGAGUUAGAGGAGGAGGAAAUGUAUGAACCUACCCUGAGCUUUUAUAUGGCUCUAUUAUUCAAGAACCUGGUUGGUGAACGAGUACUAAAUAUAGAAAUGGACCCAGAACCAGCAGUUCUCUUUGCACACUGUACAUCGUUGCGUCACAAGCCUGUGCCCGGCGCUGUUACUCUGUUUGGAGCGAACAUGGAUAACGAACCUGCGAGAUUUUCACUGAAAUUAUCAAAGAGGGAGGAAGGUGGCGAUAUCAUGCAGUUCAUUCUGGGAAAUGAUCAUAAUGGGAAUAUAGUAGUAAACGGUCGGCCUAUGUACUAUGAAGGCAACAUAAAACCCAUAGUAAAAAGGGUCCACCCAUAUAAAACUCUUCUCAUCAACUUGCCAGCAAGAUCCUUUGGUUUCUGGGUACUAGCUAACACUAAGAUUGAAGCCUGCCACAACGUGAUUGAAAACAAAACUUUAGUUGAGGCAGAAACAGUCGAUCAUGAAGCUCACAGAGUUAAACGUUCAGUUAACGAUGAUUUUGAUGACUACGCACAUAUAGCUGAUCUUUCAUAUGACUUUGAAGAUAUUGAUACUUAUUUACCCGGCAAUAAUGCUCUUAGAAACAGAAUUAGUGACAUGAAUAGAGAUUUAGAUAAAAUACAAGAUGUUUUCAAAAGAAAUUUGGGUCAAGAUAGAUUCAGAAGGGAUAUCGGUGAUACAAGAUAUGGAAGUAAACUUCGAAAAUAUGGAUUCAGACAUAGAACUAGUAAGAGAUACGACCAAGAAAGAUAUGAACCGAACCCGAGAAAAUUUAUAGAUGAUUUAUUGGAAAGAGCGAGACAGAGAUUAAAUGAUUUGAAAGAACUUCGGUCUAAUAUACCAAGACUAAAUAUAUACAAAAAAAGUAACAAAUAUCCGAAACUUUCCAAGGUGAGGUCAUUUAAAUCUCUGAAAGAAGACAGUCCAGUUUUUGGAGCAAAGAAUAGAAAACCAAAAACGACGAAAACAUUUGCAGAAGAGAGUGAUGAGUUUCUAAAGAAGAUUAACAAGAAAAAUAAAAGUGACGUAAGCAAGAGAACUCCUGAAACUCUGGACAAAAAUACUAAUAAGAAUGAACAUAAGAAGACAGAAUCAGAAGAAGGAACGAACAUUUUGGAAUCUCUAGCGAGAAAGAGAAGGAGUGUUGAUAAUGACGUCGAAGAAACAUCAGCUGAAAAUGAAAUAGACCUCACUGGUAAAAACAAAGCGAAACUCUUAAAACUAUUGAAGAAAUUAGAUGAAGAAUUUGAAGAAACUUCAGAAGAACAGAUGGAAGGUGAUCCUAUUUCCACUGAAGGAAUUAUUUUGAAAACUGAAGUGUCUGAUGAUAGUGCUACAAUCAGGGUCACGGAUUCUAAUCAUGGAGUCAUUAAGACUACUAUGAGAAGUAUGCUGCAUAUGUUGGAAGAUUUCAAUAAGAACUUGAACAAAGUAUGGAAUGCUGUUAAUUUGUUAGAUGAUGUACAGUGAAUAGGUUAGGUUA